AUGUGGCAUAAUUCUGCGGACGGACACGAAAUCCUCGAGAAACUAAGACAUAAUAACAUAACAUGUCUGGAUAUUCGAUACAAAGAUAUAUUGUCCCAAGGGGCCAAAGAUGUUGCGGAAGCGUUGAAAAUAAAUUCAACAUUAACGACUCUUAAUAUUGCGUCAAACAAUAUAUCAUUUGAAGGGGCGCAAGCACUUGCAGAAGCAUUGAAAACAAAUUCAACGUUAACAAGACUUAAUAUUGCGCUAAACAAUAUAUCGUUUGAAGGGAGCCAAGCAGUUGCAGAAGCACUGAAAACAAAUUCAACAUUAACAAGCCUUGAUAUUGCUAAUAACAGUAUAUCCGAUGAAGGGGCCAAAGCAAUUGCGGAAGCAUUGAAAACGAACACAACACUAACGAAUCUUGCUAUUGGAAGCAAUAAUAUAUCAUUUGAGGGGGCCAAAGCAAUUGCAGAAGCAUUGAAAAUAAAUUCAGCGUUAACAAAUAUUGAUGUGGGAAAUA